UCUGUCAGACGCAGGAAAGGGGGUAGCGAGGUAACCCGUCUCGCCAAGGGUUGCGAUGAAAAUGGCACCAAACGGUACUAACGCUUGACCUUUAAAUCCGGACGCAGAAACUCGAUCAACUGAAUACUCCUGUCAGGUAGCGGCCAUUUCAGGUCAUUUCAAAUGUAGCCUACUACAGCAAUAAACGGUCUGUCUAGCGAAACGAAUAAGGUUACAUGAAAGACAGCAUGUUGGCUGGUAGUGGCAGGCAAUUUGUCGUGUGCUUAACUGUGUUGGAAACGAAAUAAUGAUGUCUGAUACAACAUAUUCAAGAGGGAUGGAACGAGACAGAGGAAGGAUUACAUCAGAUUAUAUGGCGAGAGGCGCAUAUCCUCAACAGUAUGUUCACCCUGGCAGUCAGCAGCAGGGCAUAGACAUUCAGGAGCUUGCCUCUAAACGUGUCGACAUCCAGAAGAAACGGUUUUAUUUGGAUGUAAAACAAAGUGCACGGGGCCGAUUCCUAAAAAUUGCAGAGGUUUGGAUUGGAAGAGAACGUCAUGAUAACAUCAGAAAAAGCAAAUUAACGCUAUCCAUGUCAAUGGCACCCGAUCUACGUUAUUGCCUGGGGGACUUCAUUGAUUAUUACGCUCAUAUUGGGUUGAGAGGUGGCCUGGUACCACGGCCAGAAGAGCAGAGCAAUGGCCAGGGCCGCCCGCACGAUUCCCGCAGAAGACCGCAGGAUCACCACGCAGCAUCAGUGUCUCCCACUGGCUCUGCGGUGUCGGAGGAACAUACUCAUCGGGUCCUGAAGAGUGAAUUCAUUGAGAGAGACAAUAGAAAGUACUAUCUGGACCUGAAAGAGAACCAGCGAGGCAGGUUCCUCCGCAUCAGACAGACUGUCAGCAGAGGGCAUGGGGCCAUCGGUUACUACGGCCAGGGCAUCGAUCAAACCAUAGUGUUGCCGGCUCAAGGGCUAAUCGAAUUCAGAGAUGCACUGUCGCAGCUGAUUGAAGACUACGGCGAUGAUGAUGCCACGGAAGAGCUUGGAAGAGGCAAUGGGAACCAUGAAGAAUCCACCGAGUUUCCGGAGGCAGCAUCAUUCCGAGUGGACAAUAAGAGGUUUUAUUUCGACGUUGGUUCCAAUCGGUAUGGUGUCUUUUUAAAGAUUAGCGAGGUAAAACAGCCAUACAGGAACACCAUAACGGUUCCCAUGAAAGCCUGGGCCAAAUUUGGAGAUAAUUUCAUUAGGUAUGAGGAAGAAAUGCAGCGAAUGUUCACCUGUCACAAGGAGAAGAGGACAGAGACUCGCGAGGACAUUGGAGAACAAGAGGAUUGACAAUGGCAUUAUAUGGCUGUAAGAGGUUUCUAGUGAUGGUGGGUUAAAACAGGGAUGGAAAAAGCUAAACACGACAAUAUCCUAGAACAUAUGAAAAUGUAUUAUUUAAUGUACCUCUAUUAGGCCUGUGUCUCUGGUCAACUAGCACUUUUGCUUUGUUCAUGGUCAUUCCUGUUUCAAUCAUACAUUUCGAUUAUGGCAUCCGUUUUGAAAUUGGUGCAGCAGGACGUGUUGCCUAUUGAAAAAUGGAAAAAAAUAUAUUCAAAAGGCAAAAUGAUGAUAUAGGUAAUUUAUGUGAAUCAAAUCUCUUUUUUUCAUUGUGGUUGAGUGAGUGUGCAAAUGAAAGUACGUGUGCGCAUGUGAUUGUCUGAUUGAGGAAAAAAGGUGAGACAUGAAAGUGUACACGUCCUGUCCCCCACAAUCAUUGGUAGGGGGUUAAUGUUAGAUUUACCGCUGAAUGCUAGACAUGAUAUUGCUGUUUAAACAGUAACUAUUUGUGUAGGUAGCGCUUCAUGAUUUCAUUUUAUAGAAUAAGGGACAGUUUGGUUGAGGGUUCGCCGACCAUCACGGACGAGCUCAAACUCCCUGCAUAUGUCAUUACUCUGUAAUCAGAGCCGGCUGCAGACAAUUAUCAACUAGGGGGAAAUCCGAUGUUCAACAUUUUGACGCUAUAUUUAUAAUUAUAUUAAAUAUAUGCUACGAUUUUUCAUUAACAGGUUUAUGUGCCAAAGCACUACACACAACCAACCAAUAAGCAAUUCAGAACUACAUACCGAAUACCGACUUCGAGCACAUCAUCAUGGUUUGCGUUUUCAACACCCCAUUCAAAUAGAGUAUGUCAAUCCGGACAAACAGGGACUACAUCUUUCCCUACUCAGUAUCGAUGGCUUGGCUUGACAAUCUCUGAAUGUCUUCACUUUUUGCUAUUUUGUAACAAUGUCUUUUUCCAUUCAUCAAAUGGCUGGUGUGCAGUUUGGAUGCUGGAAUUAUAUCAGAGUGGAGUGGAUGAAUGUGCGCAGGUAACCUACAGGAGAUUGUUGAAGUAGCCUAAUCAGAUUAAAACAUUGUGACUGAUUGAGUUUAUGCCAUACAUAAAAGACAUUUUUUAAGUUAAAUUACAAAUAUUUAGGCUAUAGUGAAGCGUUAGGUUCAAGGUCGAGAAAUAGCUGCUCGUGUGGAAAAGGAGAUAAAACGCACAUUAAGGUUUCCUGAAUAACUGGGCCUGCUAGAAGCAUAGGCCUAUGUGUCUGCACUAUUUAAAACGACUCAGGAGAAUGAUGAUCAGCAACAGAAAUUCAAAUACAGCCUGACUGUCCUGCACGAUGCCUUUCUAGACCUUAUAAUCUGCUGAGAGUAGACCCACAAUUUAUCCAAAUGGAAUGAAACUUUCAAUUAACUGCUUUUAUUCAAAUUACAUUAUUACUUGUACUUUCUUGAAAAUCAUCAUUCAAAUAUGAAUUGCAUUGCGGUGUUGUAGGCUAGUCUAGGUAGGAUCAUUUUAUUGUCCCUAAGGCCAUACACAUGUAACUAACUGUAUAACAGAGCCAGCAAUAAAAAAUGUAAAAAACAUAAUUGAAAGAUAAAAUAAAAGGUGUACCCCGUGUAAUAAUACUAAACAACAUUUGUAGGCUACAACACCUAGCGACCUCACCAUGCUAUUUGAGCCUUUGGGGAUUGUAGUGAACAGUGGGGCAGGGAAUAGAACUCAGAUACCUGGCAUGACAGACAAACACCAUAUGCAUCGUGUCAAUAGGGUUAACCCACUUGCUUGGAAUUGUAACAUGGCACAUAUAGCAAGGUUUGCUACACUGCCCCCGCCUUACUCGAAGGCACAUACCUGUGCUUUGACCACUCAGCCCCCUAGCAUGUCUGAGCCAUCGCAUAGCCGCCAUCCCACUUUUGACACUAGUGUAGCAAACGGCAGGACAAAGAUGUAAAACCGGUGCUGUGUUCGAAUACCCAUACUAACAUACUGUAUACGACAUACUUAAUGAUUAUAUACUAUUAGUUCAUUUUAAUAUACUGUAAGGGACCAGGGCUUGAGUCCCAGUCAGGGUACCCCCUAAUCCACUAUAUUGGUAUCAGCCAGGUGUUGCAGCCUUUCAGUUGAAUGUACUAGUGCUUUGCCUGUCUACUGGAAGUUGAUGCUGUUGCUAUGCAACCUCUUGCUCGCUUGUUAGCAUAACACAUGACUAGACAUUUUACGAUUUCGGGUGUGUUCGUAAAUUCAAUAUGGAGUGCCAGAGAGCGCUCAGAGUUAGCUCUGGGCGUUCAUAAAUCCAGAGCUUUGUCAUGUUCAUUUGUAAAUUCAUUGUUUUCAAUCUCAGAGGCCACACUGGAAGCUCUGAGGAGUAGGGUUGAACUGAGCGUUCUGCCCUCACAACGGUAGUCAAGCACCCAAGCUAACUGGCUAACGUUGGCUAGCUUGCUAGCUACUUCCAGACACAAAUGAGAGAACACCUCACUCUGACCAUUUCACUUGCCCUAGCAGAGCUGCUUAGGCUGUUUUCAUAUUAUCCAGAGCGUUGGUGACUGUAACUGUGCUGCUGGCAACAAUUUAAUUAGACUUUUUUUUGCCAGAGGUUUACUGACAGGUGUUGAGCGUUUGUAAAUUCUAUGACCAAUAAGCAUACUAUAUUCUCAUUUCAUGUCACGAAUAGUACGGUUAGUGAGGUUAGUAUGAGUAUUCAAACACAGCUAUUGUCUUUUACAAGUUAUUUAAUGCAUUUGACUGUGUAAUUUAUUAGCAUAGUGUUUGUGCUGAGUGACUAAAUGAAACUUCGGUUUUCAAACAACUAAUUGAUGUCAGUUCAGUCAUUUAAAUUACAUUUUUUAUUUCUUUCUGUGAGCUUGAUGUGCAGUUUCUGUAAAGAUAAAUCAGAUCAAGCCUGAACUGUGCGAUGUAGUAGGGAGUUGUAGUUUCCAACGGGCCAAUAUUCUACAUAGUUUAGAGCUGGAAACAUGGUAAUUAACUACAAUGACCAUAAUCCAUUGGAUGCCCACUUAAACUUGUUUGGUCUGUGCGGAGCAAGACACAGAGAUUGAGAGGAGAGAACAUGCCUUCAAGAGUUAUAAAAAGCAGUCGCUUAGUGAGCCUGAAAAUACAUGAUCUAAGUGAUUGAUAGUUAGUAUUCAGCAGUAAUAAAAGUAUGCAUUAUUUACUUUGAAGAACUACUAACGUAGUGAUUUUGUCAGACAUCAUAGGCAGCAGCUCUAUUUGAGGACUUAGAAUUAAAUAAAAGUAAUCAAAUAAUACAAAUAUUUUAUUAAAGUAAUGUGAUUAAAUGAUGGUUAAUAUGUGAUACGCAGUAAUGGGCAGUCACUACCAUCAUGGGACUUUAAAAAAACGAUUUCUGUGUUACAGCAUUCAGCCCACAUAUUGCAUAGUGCAUUUAAUGUAAAAAAAUAUUAUCAAAAUCAAUAACCAUGAUUCUUUUUUAAUAAUCAAACCGAACCGACCUCAAAAAGCACUAAUCGCUCAGCACUACAUAUUAACAAAUGAAAACAUAAUUUCUCCUCACAUGGAUUUUUGAUUAUCUGCCCUACUAUAUUUUUAGUUUCAAGUCAUGCUGACACUUGUGGCGCUAUAGAAAGGAGCACCGCUCCUAACACAGAUCAUCUUUAUUGAUAUAGGCUUUAUUGAUAUAGUCUCAACACAUGUAGAGGCUGGUUAGACCGCAGACAGUUGAAAAAUGUGCCCUUGUCACAUGCCCAAAUGAGGUCUUUAAAAAAAGACAGGUGAUAUUCUGUUACAAACUUCCUUCACAUCUAAUUUGUUGCCACAUUUCAGACCCCUGGAGCUUUAUUAGACCAUUUGUAUCAUUUAGUGGCUGUCCAGGAAACAGCACCAUAGACUUAUUACCAGAUAAGGUGAUGGGGCUGAUAUGUUCAGUGACAUACAAUGUCCUAUGCUGAUGACCUAAUCCAUACACCUCUUUAGUCUAAACAUCUCUUCAUAUGUCUGAGUGCCAGACAAACGAUCUUGCAGUCCUAGUAAGGGCUUAACAUCUUGCAGUCCUAGUAAGGGCUUAACAUCUUGCAGUCCUAGUAAGGGCUUAACAUCUUGCAGUCCUAGUAAGGGCUUAACAUCUUGCAGUCCUAGUAAGGGCUUAACAUCUUGCAGUCCUAGUAAGGGCUUAACAUCUUGCAGUCCUAGUAAGGGCUUAACAUCUUGCAGUCCUAGUAAGGGCUUAACAUCUUGCAGUCCUAGUAAGGGCUUAACAUCUUGCAGUCCUAGUAAGGGCUUAACAUCUUGCAGUCCUAGUAAGGGCUUAACAUCUUGCAGUCCUAGUAAGGGCUUAAAAUCUUGCAGUCCUAGUAAGGGCUUAACAUCUUGCAGUCCUAGUAAGGGCUUAACAUCUUGCAGUCCUAGUAAGGGCUUAACAUCUUGCAGUCCUAGUAAGGGCUUAACAUCUUGCUUAAACAGGGCUUCAAUUCAAAUGGUUUGUUUUAGUUUUAACUAACGUUCUGUGCCGAAACUCCAAUUUAACCUUUCCUUUGCAUCUGGUGACAAAGGAUGUAUGAAAUAGUCUGACGUUCAUAUUUCUUAGUUUUCUUUUUGACUACAACUCCCUAGCAACUAUGCCUUUUGUGUUACAGGGACUAUAAAACAGCGAUUCUUCUGCAGAGCUGAAAUUGACCAAUUAAAUUUGCUGUACAUUUAGCUCGCCAUAUGUUUGUUCUGCAUGGAAGAUCAAUUGAGGAGAGAUGAACCAAAUAUAACAGUCAGAAUGCCUCAUACUCAUGCUACUCUGUGUUAAGACAUAUUGUAGUUUCCACAAGAAUGCAGUUGACUGAAUCUCAAGGGAAGAGGUACUGUGGAUAUGAUAAAAAAAAAGGAUGGGUCAAUUACAAAAAAGGCAAGGUUAAAAAUCAUUGCCUCUAAAACAAAACUUGAUAUUAUGAUUUUUGAUAUCUUAAAGACGUAUAGUAGUUUCCUUAUGAAUGCAGUUGACUGAAUUUCGAAUCUCAAGGGAUGAGGUAGCGUAGCCUAGUGGUUAGAGCGUUGGACUAGUAACCGGAAGGUUGCGAGUUCAAACCCCCGAGCUGACAAGGUACAAAUCUGUCGUUCUGCCCCUGAACAGGCAGU